AGUCUGGUACAUAACCUAUAUCUACCUAUAUAAUAGAUAUCGCUCCGAACAGUCCGAACGCGAUACAAGUUUGUAUACGCAGUCACCGGUUCAUGAAUACUGUAUAAAACUUAUCGCAUUUUGUUUUUUGCUGUCGUAUUAAUUCUAUAAAACAGCUAAGUUAACUGAUCGUGGCUGCUACUUUGCUAAGCCAUUGUUACUACUUUGCUAAGCUACUAUUACUACUUACUUUUUUAGAAGAAAAGAAAAGAAUUUGUUAAAUAUGCCUAGAAGAAUAUCUCUCCUUGGGAAUACUCUGCCAAGACAGGAAGAUGUCACAGUGGGUAGGCCAGAUGAUUUUGGAGGUAUUAACAAUACAAUUCCGUCCAUCACCAUUGCUCCACAUGAGUUCAGAAAUAUUAUGGCCAGUUCAGAGCGAAGUGACAUGACUAUUAGAGAGAUGAUGGAGGACAGCACUGCAACUGGUUUGGUAUUAAAAGCCAAUGAGCCCUGGCGUGAUGCACAUUUAAAAUUGCACUACGAUUUUUUGGAAAGUUUGCAAGCACAUGUGUCAAAAUUGCAAAUUUUUGACACAGUUGCUACCUUUAUUCAAAACUGCACAGAUACACUAGAACUUAUGAGAGGAAUGAAAGCUAAAGUAGAAACUUCAGAAUUAUCUCCAGAAGAAAUUAGCUUAGAAAAUGAGAGAAACACCUGGAGACUUGUCUAUUGCCUGUAUCAAAAUCGUUUAGAUUCUACAGAUGGUGAAACACACAUGGAAACAGACAACAAGCGCCGUAUGUCAGAAAAAGAAGUUAUUCAAGCAUUAUACAAAAGCAGUAAACUCAUAAGAGAAUAUCAACUUAUUAUUGAUUGGCUAGAAAAAAAUGCUUGUGAUCAAGCUGAUAGGCUACCAUCUAUAGAGAACUUUACAGACAGAACAGUGGCAUGGGAAAAUACUCUCCAUCAGUUGCAAAACAAAAAAAGUGGUAUUGCUUUUCCAUCAUCCAGACCUAUUGUUUCAUCCAUGGAUCCUGAUGCUCCCAUCAGAGAAGGAAAGCCAUUGCAUGAUUUGGAUAAAGAAGAUGAUGCAAGGCUAGAGAAGAGAAUGCUUAUAGAGGUACGAUGUGGUAGGAUGCAAAAAGCUCAAGCAUUAGCUAUACACUGCGGCCAGCACUGGCGAGCUGCUUGCUUACUUGGAUGGGCACCCUAUCAUGAUCCAAAUUAUAAGAGUAAUAACACUGAAGAAAAAUUACCUGUUGAAGGUAAUCCGAACAGAAGUUUAUGGAAAUACUGCGCUUGGCAAAUGUCAAAUGAUGCACGCGUUGGUCAGUAUUACCGAGCUAUAUACUCCAGUCUAUGUGGGAAUGUUAAACAGCUGCUAACAAUAGCCAAUUCAUGGCAGGAUGGUCUCUGGGCAUACAUGAAGACACUGCUUGACAUCAAAGUUGAAGCGGAGGUCCGUGGCUUUAUGCCUAAGUCUUACAUUGCUCUGCCUGAGGACUACUGGAAGGGUGAGAACACAUUGGAGGACAUUUUCGACGAACUUGAGGCUUCUGCAAAUCCUGUGAUUGCCAGUCAAGCUAAGGAACCAGCUCAUCGAAUCCAAAAAUACCUAAUACUGGACGAGAUUACAACGCUGAUUGAUGAUGCGGAAAAUAUGAUCGAGCAGAAAACAUGUGACGCCCAGUUUCUCAGAUUCUUGGCACAUUUGGUCUUGUUCUUCAGACAAAUUGGAAAAAACUUGAACGAGCAGGCUGCAGAUAAAAUUCUGUUGGAAUAUGUGAAACUUCUUAUGGAAAUGGGUGAUCCAUUACUAAUAGCUUUUUAUACAGCCACUUUACCAAGAGAAUCACAGACGGCAAAUUACGCCCACUUCUUAGAGAGGGUUACAGAAUACGAAGAGCGUAAAAAGUGCCUUAAUGCUGCUGAAGAUGCUAAUUUAAAUGUUGAAGCGAUUACCAAACUCGUAGUAGAGAAUAUUAGACAGAAGAACUUGGAGCUUCAGUCACAGGAUCUAAGCAGCCAGUUGACUGAUGCUGAUUUGGAGAAGAUAAACGCGCUUGAUUGGUUAACGUUCUAUCCAAGUCAACGAGAAGAAGCGCUAUGGCAAACGAACGCUUUGAUAAGGUACUUCCUUACCAAUGAGAAAUUGGAUGCUGCAAGAAAAGCUUUCAAUAAGAUACCAGUGGACGCCAUCGAAACAGUCAUUAAUGAAUUUCCAGCACUGCAUAACACCAUUGAGAACCUGAUGACAACAAAUCUUCUACCUAAAAAAAUUUCUGCGUCUAUUCGCGAGUAUCUUUGCUACAAAUCUUAUUUGGAUGCACAAGAAGGUUUUUCCGAGUGGUUUUCUCAUUUCUACCAUGCUAGACCAAGUCCUGUGGAAGAACUGCCGCCUUAUGCCACUUUUACAGAGAAAGUAGCUUACGAACAUAAAACCUCUCAAUACAACACAGAAAUGGAAAGAUGGAAGACUACUAUGCAGCACCACACAAAGGCUGUCAAACAGCUUUUGUUCAACGUUCUUCUAUUUCCAGACGGUGGAUGGUUAGUCGACUCAGCGAAUGUCUCUAAUAAUGAACCUCUUACGUCAGAAGAAAUUUUAAGAGAACAUCAGUUGGAAAAGUUAAGAAAAUUGUGUAUUCCAAAAAUAGCACUCUUAUUGCACACUGUUAUGACAGAAAUGAAUGAGCAAGCUGAAUGCGUUCAACUGGCCGAUAUUCUUGCGUCAGAACAGCAUCAAUUGUACAAAGUGUUUUCCAAAGAUAGAAUGCAGGAAAUAUUCAAAAAGAUUUGCGAAUCAUCUCUAGCACUGAUGGAUCAGAAAAAGGACCCGUGGGGUUACUCAAAGUAAAAACAUGUGAUCUUUGUGGUCACGGUGUAUAUUAUAUAGAGUAAACAUAUUGCGAUUCUCACAAUGUACAUAUUAUACAACGAGUAAAACGACGUCAUAGACUGAAAGGUAUAAAUGAUCUUCACGAGUUUAACUUGUGAGAAUCGAAGUUUCUUCUCUGUUCCAGUAUCAUUUAUUUAUCUUCGCGUUUCAUUUGAAUUUUUAUAAAACCAGUUUAUUGUCAACCACAAGAAGUGAAUAUAAAAUUUAAUACAAUGUUUAAUAAUGCAUAAACAUAGUGUAUUACGCUAUACAUUUUAAUCGCGCUCACGAAUUUCCAUUUUUUAUUGGUUUUGCACAUAUUACAACUUAGUUUGGUACAUCGCUCAGUGAUAAACCAGUUCUAGUGCGGUUAUGACGUGAAAAAAAAAACAUUUUGGAGAGUUAUGAGAUCACUUCAUGAUACUCAGUACAUCGAAGGUGAACGAAAUCGCGAACGAUUUUUGUUACUACAUUUAUUAGGUAAAAUUGAAUAUUUUUCAAACAUGGUUUUAGCUGAAGGUGAUCACGAAACAACAUCGUAUCAUAGAUAUGCCAUAUUCAUCUUUUACUCUUUAUCAUUUUAUGUACUUUAAUGAACUGUAGUGCGAGAAUAUCCACAAUGACACAUACGACAUGUUUUUUGUUGUUUCGUUUGCUUUUCUUUUCCUGACGAAAGCUGUACCAAGGAAUUAUAUAGGUUCCGGAGUUUGAUAGAACAUACGUGGAGGAUAGAAUUUCAAAAUUUCCUUAAAACGCUAUAAUUAUUAGUUGAAAACAUUUUUCAUGCAUUAACACCCAUGAAGAAAACUCGCGGAACUUUCGUGCAUGCAAAAAGUGUCAAGUUUGUUAAGUGAACUAACGCUGGUACAACUUACGAUGGGAAAGAAGCUCAAAUUUUGCACUAGCGUGUUUUACUUUGCUAAAAAAUGGAAGAAAAAAAA